UUCCGAGGCUGGUCGCUAGAGGGCGCGCUAACCGGGGUGUCUCAGGCCCUGCGGAAUGUACCAUUCCCGACCCUCCCCUCGGCUACUCGAGGACAUUCCGGGACUGGGCUCCCCCCGUUCUCCCGCGGCGCACUUGGUUUGCGCGGCGGGCCCGGUCGGGCGGUGGGGGGAUGGCGGCGGCGGCGGCGGCCGGGGCCUCCGGGAGCGGGAUGGCGCAGAAGAGCUGGGAACUGGCCAACAACAUGCAGGAGGCGCAGAGCAUCGACGAGAUUUACAAGUACGACCGCAAGCAGCAGCAGGAGAUCCUGGCGGCCAAGCCCUGGACCAAGGACAACCACUACUUCAGAUACUGCAAGAUCUCCGCCCUGGCCCUGCUGAAGAUGGUCAUGCAUGCCCGGUCUGGGGGAAAUCUGGAAGUGAUGGGGCUGAUGCUUGGGAAAGUGGAUGGGGAAACCAUGAUUAUCAUGGACAGCUUUGCUUUACCGGUAGAAGGCACUGAAACUCGAGUCAAUGCUCAGGCUGCUGCAUAUGAAUAUAUGGCUGCAUAUAUAGAAAAUGCAAAACAGGUUGGUCGUCUAGAAAAUGCAAUUGGCUGGUACCACAGCCACCCUGGCUAUGGUUGCUGGCUUUCAGGGAUAGAUGUCAGUACUCAGAUGCUUAAUCAGCAAUUUCAGGAACCAUUUGUGGCAGUGGUUAUUGAUCCAACAAGAACGAUAUCUGCAGGAAAAGUAAAUCUUGGAGCUUUUAGAACAUAUCCCAAGGGCUUUAAGCCUCCAGAUGAAGGUCCAUCAGAAUACCAGACUAUUCCACUUAAUAAAAUAGAAGACUUUGGUGUACACUGUAAACAGUAUUAUGCUUUAGAGGUCUCCUACUUCAAAUCAUCUUUGGAUCGUAAAUUGCUCGAACUAUUGUGGAACAAAUAUUGGGUGAACACACUCAGUUCUUCUAGUUUGCUUACUAAUGCUGACUACACAACUGGCCAAGUCUUUGAUUUGUCUGAAAAGUUAGAACAGUCAGAAGCCCAGCUGGGCCGAGGGAGUUUCAUGUUGGGUUUAGAGACACAUGACAGAAAAUCAGAAGACAAACUUGCUAAAGCAACAAGGGACAGUUGCAAGACCACCAUAGAAGCUAUACAUGGAUUGAUGUCUCAGGUUAUUAAGGAUAAACUGUUUAAUCAAAUUAAUAUUGCUUGAAGCGCAUCGCCAGCUGAUACACAUCUCCAAGGCUGAAAAAGUCAUGGUUAUUUCUUUCUUUUGAACAUGUUCAGUUUUGGAAUUAAAGUAAGAAUGGAUAAUUCAGCUAAUUUGUAGUACUUUAAAUCAUUUUUCCCACCUUUUUGCCCAGUUUUAAAGAACGGAUGGUUCUGAAAUUUAUUGUAAACUUUGUUCUCUAUCAUAAAACACAACCAAUUUGGAUAAUUGUUUCACAAGAAAAGUAAAUGUGACUGUUAUUAGAUGCUGCUCUGUAGUAUUUAUAUCUGUUAUCAAUCUGCAAUAAAAAAAAUAAAAAUGAGGAAGUGAUUUUUUUGUAAACACUUAUUUCUAGCUUUUAAUUAUUUUCUGCUGUUUCCCCAGAAUAAUUCUUCUAAUUCAUCUAGUUCAGAGAGACAAUAAAGCUAAUUUAAGAAAUUCCAUUUUUGUUAAGAACAUAAUUUUAAUAUGCUUUCCCAACUCUUCUUUUAAUUUUAAAAUCUUGAAUCCCUUUAGGUUAGUUUUUUAAACAAAGUUCUGAUUGAAACAUUAAUAGCCUAUUUUUGCAGAUUGACUCUGUGGGGGUCUAUUCUCAUUCAUGUAUUGUAAGAAUAUCUUGCAGCCAUGCAGUGGAAUUUAUUUGCUAAUACCCUACUGUCUUUCAUAGAAAAAAGAGUGGCAAAUGAAUGGAAGGCCAGGGCAGUGAUAGAAUUAUUAGUACACAAUGCCUUAAUGUCAUCCAGAUAUGAUUAGAGAAUAGAAAAUAAAAUUAAUUUAGUUAUUCUUUACAUACAAAUCAGCAGUUAUGAAAGCCCAAUAAUUCAAUGUUUGAAAGCCUUGAUGUAACUCUAUUAUAUGUGUAUAAUACAGGGUCAUUAACCUCCUUAUGAACAAGAAGAUUGUGGCAAACAAAAUGUGUAUGCUAAAACUAAAAUAAACAUCCAGAGAAAGAUGUGCAGUUGAAA